AUGUAUCUGUUUCGUCUCAUAGCUUUAUCUGUCAAUAAACCAAAACUUAGUGAAUGUGCAUCGUGGUACUCAAGUGGGAUUAUAGUUGCCAACAGCAAUACUACAGAUUUAAGUCCUUUUACUUCAUUCAUUAGUAUUAAUAAUACUCUCUAUGUAGCUGAUCAAACAACGAAAACUAUUCAUAUAUGGCCUGAAAAAAGUGAAAAUCCAACAAAAACAAUUUAUAGUAGUUUUAACUUUUCAACUGGCUUCUUCGUUACACUUACUGGCGACAUAUAUAUCGAUAAUGGAAAUAGUAGUCAUAUCAGUAAAUGGUCCUUAGAUAAAACAUCCACUAACACUACAAUGUAUAUCAAUAGAGGAUGUAGUAGCCUUUUUAUUCAUGUUGAUAACACUCUUUAUUGUUCUAUUCGCGAUGGUCAUCAAAUUGUUAAAAUAUCACUUGAUAGUAAUGAUAGUACAUGGUCGAAUGUUGCAGGUAUGGGUUGUGCUGGUUCAACAGAAAAUAUGCUUGAUCAACCUUUUGGAAUAUAUGUCAAUGAUACUUAUGAUUUGUAUGUGGCAGAUACAGGAAAUGAUAGAAUUCAACUAUUUCAUCAUGGCGAAUCGAAAGGCAUAACAGUAGCAGGGCGAGCAUUAGGAGCACGCUUUGCUCUUGAUAAACCAACAAGUAUUAUGCUUGAUGCUGAUAACAAUUUAUUUAUCGUCGAUAGUGG